AUGGCCAGCACCGUCUCAGCCUACAAGGAGAAAAUGAAGGAGCUGUCUCUGCUCUCCCUCAUCUGCUCCUGUUUCCACACCCAGCCCCAUCCCAACACCAUCUACCAGUAUGGAGAUAUGGAGGUGAAGCAGCUGGAUAAGAGGGCAUCAGGCCAGAGCUUUGAAGUGAUCCUGAAGUCCCCUUCAGAUUUAUCUCCUGAGAGCCCAAUCCUUUCCUCUCCUCCCAAGAAGAAGGACCUGUCCCUGGAGGAGCUGCAGAGGAGGCUGGAGGCUGCAGAAGAGAGGAGGAAGACCCAGGAGGCGCAGGUGCUGAAGCAGCUGGCGGAGAAGCGGGAACACGAGCGGGAGGUGCUGCACAAGGCUCUGGAGGAGAACAACAAUUUCAGCCGCCUGGCCGAGGAGAAGCUCAACUACAAGAUGGAGCUGAGCAGGGAGAUCCGUGAGGCACAUCUCGCUGCCUUGAGGGAGCGGCUCCGCGAGAAGGAGCUUCAUGCAGCCGAAGUCCGCAGGAACAAGGAACAGCGGGAGGAGAUCUCUGGAUAA